AGAGGACACAAACGACAGAUGAGGAUGUAAGGGUGAGGAUGUGGAGUGUGAGCAUGGGUGGGUGUGGUGUGUGGUGGUGUGGAUGUGGGUGGGUGUGUAGAUGAAGAGAAGACCCGCCCCCCACCCACCCACACUCACCUCACACUCACCCCACACCCACACCCAUAGCCUAUGUAACUGCAGAAACAGAUCAAUGAUGUCAGAUCAGCUCACUACCUGACAGAGCUGGGCAACUCAAGUCAAGUCUGACUUGAAUUGAGUUGGUCGAAAAAAUUCUGACGUGUGACUUGACUUGAGAAACCUCUGACUUGUUCAGCUCUGCUUUCUGAUUGUGGAACAUGUGUUUUUGAUAUAGAUGGUAUAAGGAAAAAGAUUAGUAUCAUGUGAAACUUCUAGGCAGUGAGACCUCUAGAAAGUUUGGUACGAAACUUUUUCUGACUAGCAAAAAUCGCUUAUGAUUUUCACGAAACUUGAUUCACUACGAAACCUUAUAAAGGUUCUGUACAGUCGCACGGUACCUGAAAAGGUUCCGUACAUGAGAACGAAACCUCACAAGUUCGGUAAUGUAGCUUUUUGUUUUUCAGUGCGCUACACGAAGAAUAACUUCGAUUCUGGAUGUAGGUGUGAGAGUAUAGACAUGGAUGCAGGCAUAAGCCAUCCCUUUAUCUUAGUGAUGGGCCGUAACAUCUUCGUCUAUCGUAAAAUGACAUAUAUCUUUAAAGCGAACGAAAGAAAGGAAGAAAAGAAAAGCAUGACGUUAUGACGUUGGCUGUUUUCUGUUCUCGCGACUAUACGUAAAUUGAUAUGGGAAAGAGACAUUUCGCACCAACUUUUCAUUACGAUCUCCAGUAGCAUAUGUUCGUUACGUUCUCCGGACGUAUGAAAAAGGACAGGGUGUUCGGAAUGAAAGUUGUUCAGAAGAUCGUAACGAACAACGAAUAUUGAUUUUUAGAGAAAAAAAAAGUGAAAUUUGACCGGAGUUUGGCAUGAAAAUAUUGGAAGAUCGUAACAAUAAAAACAGGAUGUUGGAAACUGUGUUCAUGUUUGCUGUUUUUUCAGAUAUGUUAAAUAAUUUACUAGUUUUUAUUCUAAGAUAGUACACAAACGACAGAUGAGGAUGUAAGGGUGAGGAUGUGGAGUGUGAGCAUGGGUGAGGAUCAGUAAAUAGAAGACGUCACCCUCACCUACGUCCUCACACCCUCACUCGUCUAGUCAAUAAUUUUUGAACGUAGAGACUUUUAAUUAUAUAAUACUUCAUUUCCACAGAGAUUAGUGAUAACAAUUAUCAACAUUAUGAAUAGGUUAAAGCACAAAAGUCGCAAACAUCUUGUACAGUUAUUAUAGCGUUAUGUGUAGAGACAGAGAAAGGUAGAUGUUGUUUAUAUAAUUACGAACCUAUUGUAUCAAUCAUUCUUGAUUUUAUUAAAAAAAAGAAAGAAAAGUCUUUAUGACCGUUGUGAAUAUCAGAAUAAAUCAGUUACGAUCUCCUGGCAAAUUGGAUCAUGAACAUCCCGUCUUUUUCGUCCCGAUUUUUAAACAUUACUCCGCAUAUAGUAAUGAUCAUUCCAUUUCGAAUUCCCAGUAACGCCUUUCCGAUCUCCCUGUGUUUUCGAUUACGAACUCCCGUCGAAUAUUUGUUACGGCAAAAAGUCAUUUCCGAACACCUGGACACAUGUCCGGGUGUUCGGAAUGACUUGGUGCGAAAUGUCCGUCACCCCUCAUAUAUACGAAUUAACAUAAAUCCUUAACUAUGAGAUAACAAUUUCAUUUAUCUGUUAGUAUUGCACACAAAACAUAGUUUUUCUUUUCUAAUAUUUAUUUUCGUAUUCAAUUAGUGCAGCAAAAAAGAAAUUAUUCUUAGCUAUUAAUAAAUCUUCUAUUUGUUUAUAUUUAUUUCAAUUAUUCAUUUAGAAAUUUUUCCGAAAUUGUCUUUUGUGCCGUAAGUGAAUAUCAACAAGUACGCGGUUAUGGUACUCAUCUAAUGAAUCAUUUAAAAGAUUAUCAUAUACGAUUAAAUAUAACAAAUUUAUUAACAUAUGCUGAUGGUUUUGCUGUUGGUUAUUUUAAAAAACAAGGUUUUUCAUCAACAAUCACAUUAAAUGAACAAGUUUAUACAGGUUAUAUAAAAGAUUAUGAUGGAGCUACAUUAAUGCAAUGUUCACUUUAUACUCAAGUUACAUAUACACGUUUAACCGAAACAUUAUCAUUAAUAAAAGAAAGUAUAAAUGUUAUUCGAACACAUCGUUUUAAUCAAAUAAAACAAGCUCAUCCUGAUGCAAAAUUUCUUCCGAAUGAUAUACAUACAACAGAUUUAAAUAAUUAUGAUAAUUUAAUAAAUAUUGAUCAUAAUGAAAUAAAUUCAUCGGAUGAAACAGUUGAUAUUAAUUUAUUAUAUAUAACAUUAAAAAGUGUUUAUCAAGAAAUUCGUUCACAUCCAUAUGCUAGUCAUGUACAAAAACGAACACUUUUUCAAGAUUAUUUAUCAACACAACCAUUAUUUCCUAUUGAUCUUGAUACAAUACAUGAAAGAUUAAAAACAAAAUAUUAUCAUAAUGCAUAUACAUUUACAGCUGAUAUAAGUCGUCUUUUAGAUAUAGUUGGACGAGCUUUUUCAAAUCAGAAAAAAGAUAUAUUUAAUGAAAUACGUGUAUUUGAUACAUUUGUAAGACGUAAAAUGAACGAAUUUGGUUUAGAAAUUGGUCAUGCACAAUAA